AUGCCAUUGCUGCUGAAAGACUACACCUGGGAGCGCCGGGUCGUAAGUGAUUCGGUGAGGAUAAUCGUGACGGUUCCGUUUCCGGGAAACAAACUUCAACCGGGCGAUAUAUUCACGACGGAACAGUUCCUGAAAAUUUCCCGUGCACCACACUACUGGGAGCUAUUCUUGUGUCAUCCGAUCGAUCCGGACACGAGCCGUUGUAGUAUCCUAGCGAAUGAGGUCCUGUUUGAGUUGAUCCCGUCCGAUCCGACUGUGAUCUGGGAAGCGCUUGAGAUGGACGUUCCUCGCGAACAGAAGGCGCCCUUAAAGGAGCAAUAUCUCGAGCGACACCGGAUCCGAUUGGAGGAACGAGCCAAGCAGCGUGCGGUGGAAAAGGAUUGCAUGAAGAAGGGCGAGAUUCAUAGACAGAUCGAAAGGGAACGGUGCGACCGAUCCGCCAUCGAGGGUCUGCUGGAGUCGGCCAAAGAACGCGAGCUAAAGCGAAUGGAGUUGGCCAUGGUGAAGGACUACCGAAGUCCGGUGUCCGGUACCAAGCGCACUCCCAAAAUCGCUCAGCAGACGAGUAGUGGUCCUCUGGUGACGAAACCUGCUCCACCCGACAACAGUCCACCUCCAGUGCGCCGCUCCGGAACGGUCGAGGUGACGUUCAGCAAGCGUACCUUCGUCACUCCCAAGCGCGAAUCUAUGGAGGUGGCCGAACAGGAAUGGAUCCGGAAGCAGGCGGCCGCUCGUAGGGCGACGGUCGGGUUCGCCAACGACGACGAGCUGCGGCCGGACGAGCGCAACCCGGAGUGGCUCAAGCAGCGAGGUGACACGUUCUUCCAGCAGCGCAACUAUCUUGCCGCCAUUGCGGCCUACAGUGCCGGGAUCCGGCUGACGAAGGACUACUAUGCACUGUUCCUGAACCGAUCGGCCGCCCACUUGGCGCUCGAAAACUAUCAACGAUGCGCUGAAGAUUGCUCGACAGCCCUGGAACUGCUGGAACCACCGGUGGAGGCCAACCGGAAGGCUCGGGUAGCCUGUCUCGCCCGCCGUGGAGCAGCCCUGGUGAAGCUUGGCUUUUUACGCCAAGGCUAUGACGAAAUGGUGGCCGCCAGCCGUCUCGAUCCGGACGAGGCGAGCCUACGAGAGGAAGUGGAACGUUUGAAACAUCUUCUCGAUCGGGGAACCGAUAGCGAUUCGGACUAA